AUGUCUGAAAUGGACGGAGAUUCAUUCUAUAGCGGCAGUGGUAGCACCAAGCGAUCUGACGGUAGCUCGAAGGCGUGGCGCGCGGCGUCGGAGCCGAUCACCGUCGCGCCCCGCAGCGAAGCGCCGCCGCUGAAACAGCAGAUAUCCGCGCCUAGCUACUUUUGCUCGCUUAGUGAAAAUAAGGCACCGCCGUUCAAGUACCCGGAGCCAGUGCCUACUCCCAUGCUGCUGAUUGGUCACAUCAUGAGUCAGGAGGAAGCCAUAGCCAUGAUAGCAGCCUUCGACGCUGACAAGUUUCUUGGAUUGGCUAAGUUUCUAGGUGAAUUUCUCAUCGCCAAAAAUGUAAUUAUGAACUACAAUUUAUCGGAGAAGAAUUUCCUCAUCAGCUUCCUCGCCGAGACUAUCGACUACGCGGCGCAAAGAGACUUCGGCAGCUUCAAGUUGGCUUGCUUGCUGACGAUCUACCUGGACACGCAUAUUUAUUUCAAGGGCUAUUACUGGCUGCCCCCGGAGAGUCUCUGGCUUUAUUUCAAGGAGAUAAUGAUACGGCAUACGAUUGAGGACUCCCCUGACGGUCAGGAGGUAUUCGAGCCGGAGGAGUGCUACGACAUUCUGACGCACUUCCACACGCUGUACCUGAGCAACCUGCCACUAGUGCACAUCCUGACGUUUGGCGCCUUCAGACUGAAACUCACUUGGCCUUUUAAAGCCAAAUAG